GUGACUGUCUUAAUAUUUCUCCUUUCUGUCAUACUGACUGUCGACAAAAACAUAAAGGAAUUAGUGAUCAGUAGAGAAAGAAGAGAAAUACUUUCAAGAAGGAUUUUUGAGAAGUUUGUUUCUAAACAGACAGCAGAUAUUUGUGAUUCUUGUGGUUAUUCAUUUUUGCAACAUCAUUCAGAAAGUGAAAGUAAAGUUUAGAUCGCUGGAGCUCAAAGAGUGAAAAUGGCUUCACUGUCUGCAGAUGAUUUUUCUUGUCCUGUGUGUUAUGAAAUCUUCAAGGAUCCUGUUGUUUUAUCAUGUAGUCACAGUGUCUGUAAAGAGUGUCUUCAACAGUUCUGGAGAACCAAGGAAACUCAGGAGUGUCCUGUCUGCAGGAGAUUGUCAAGACAUGAACCUCCAUUAAAUCUUGUGUUACAAAACUUGUGUGAGUCGUUCCUGAUGGAGAGAAAAGAGAGCCGUUCAUCAGGAUCUGAGGAGCUCUGCAGUUUACACAGUGAGAAACUCAAACUCUUCUGUCUGGAGGACAAACAGCCGGUGUGUUUAGUGUGCUUUACUUCACAGCAACAUGACAAUCAUAAAUUCAGACCCAUCAGUGAAGUUGUGUCAUCAUAUAAGGAGGAGCUCAAUACAGCACUGAAGUCCUUACAAGAGAAACUUACACAUGGAGAAACAAUGAAAGGACAGUUUGAAGAAACAGUUGAACACAUCAAGUCUCAAGCUGAGCACACAGAGCGUCAGAUUAAACAGCAGUUUGAGAAGCUUCAUCAGUUUCUCAGAGAUGAAGAAGAAGCUACAAUCACUGCACUGAGGGAGGAAGAGGAGCAGAAGAAGCAGAUGAUGAAGGAGAAGCUGGAGAAGAUCAACAGACACAUCUCAGCUCUUUCACAGUCAAUCAAAGACAUGGAGGAGAUGAUGAAAGCCAGUGACGUCUGCUUUCUGAAGGAGUUUCCAGUCUCAAUGAAAAGAGUCCAGAUCUCAUCACAGCCAGAUCCACAGACUCCUUCUGGAGCUUUGAUUGAUGUGCCGCGUUACUUGGGCAACCUGCCCUUCAGAGUCUGGAAGAAGAUGCAGGACAUCGUCCAGAACAGUGAGUCUGCAGAAGAUCUGUCUGUCCAGGACCCAUUGAAUGAUCUCCUUCCCAAUGAUGAGGAGGAGCACAUUCAUACAAUGAAAGGAAUGCAGCUCCAAGACAAUAGUGCAGCUGGUCAGCAGGGCAACUAUGAGAUUAGUGCCCGCCGCAGAACCCUUCAUAACCUAGUGAAAGAGUACGCAGCUCAGGGCCGGUAUGCUGUGGCCGUGCCGCUCUGCAGAAAGGCUCUGGAGGAGCUGGAGAAAGACUAUGGACACGACCAUCCCAAAGUGGCCACCAUGCUCAACAUCCUGGCGCUCAUGUACAGAGAUCAGCAAAAAUAUAAAGAAGCUCAUCGCUUGCUGAAUGAUGUUCUCUCCAUCAGAGAAAAGACACUUGGGAAAGACCAUCCUGCAGUGGAAGCUACUCUCAAUAAUCUGGCUGUGCUGUACGGGAAACGAGGCCAGUAUAAGGAGGCUGAGCCAUUGUGUAGACGAGCGCUGGAGAUCCGAGAGAAGGUGUUGGGGAAAGAUCAUCCAGAUGUAGCGAAGCAGUUGAAUAAUCUGGCCCAGGUUUGUCAGGAUCAGGGCAAGUUUGAGGAGGUGGAAUGUUAUUACCGCAGAGCUCUGAAGAUCUAUGAAUGCAAACUCGGCCCAGAUGACCCCAAUGUGGCCGAAACCAAGAACAACCUGGCAUCCUGCCUUUUCAAACAAGGCAAAUAUAAAGAAGCUGAGAUUCUUUACAAAGAGAUUCUGACCAGUGCUCAUGAGAAGGAGUUGGGAUUGGUGGACGCUGAAAACAGACCCAUCUGGAUGCACGCUGAGGAAAGAGAGGAGGUGAGCAAGGGGGAACUCAGUGACAACACGCUGUACGAAAAACAUGGAGGCGGGUACAAAGCCAGUAAAGUCAACAGUCCGAUCAUAAAUACGACACUGAAGAAUCUAGCCACUCUGUACCACAGACAGGGCAAGAUGAAGGCAGCAGACAUGCUGGAGGAAUGUGCCACAAGAUCCCACAAACGGGAUGGCAGCGGAGCACUGAAUUACAAAGGCUCAUUUGCGCGGCUCAGAGAUGAGUUGCUCAAGAGAAGUGAAAUGCAGAUGAAGAAACUACAGAACCGCAAACCCCCAGAGACGCACAACACCAAAGAAUGAAAGCAUGACACCUCACUGAACAAGACGAGUGACAGAGUCUGAGAAGCUGACGUCUGAAAGACAGUCGAGAUUUGAGCUCCAGUAAUGUGGAUCUGUACAACAGCAGUUAAAAUCUGUCCACACUAAAUUGCUCCACCCUUAACAAACUAGAACCUUCAUAUGAGACUUAUAAACUUAAAUAUGUUUACAUUUAUUUUCAGCACCAUGUCAGAUUUUACUUUAAGCUUUUAGCCAUGCUGGUGUUGCUAUGCUGUUUUCAGGGAGUUUUUUUACAUGCAUACAGUACAUGGCAUAGUUAAAAUCUAUGGUGUCUUCUGUUUUAGCAUGCACUCUGAGUAUUUCCAUUUGCAAAAAAGUCUUAACUGUAUACAGGCUGAUGCUUCUUUGUAUUAGUUGGUUGAGUAAUUAUGUAAUUAGAAACUGUAAAAGACCCCAACAAUCAGACUUCUAAUGCAGAUCAAACUGCAUGCAUGAUCAAAUCAAUCAGUUGCUUUAAUAACUUUAUUAGCAUAGUGAAUUUGACACUCACCAAUAAAGCACAGUAAAUAAAACU